CGCAGCACAGCAGGCGACCGAGACGAGCGAUCGGCUCUCCGGCUCCAGCUCCCGCGCCGCCUGUUGCUCGCUCCUCCGGGCCGCCGCUUCCUGCCCGGUGCCCGGGGCAGGCGGCCCGAGGGGUGCCGGCGCGCGGGCGCCCUCCCGCCUUCCCCUCUCCCCGCUCGCAGCCGGACCGCAGCGUCUCCCGGAGGGCGGGCGCCGGCCGGCCUCCCCGUGCGCCCCGGCCCGCGCGCGGAGACCCCGGACGCUGAGCGGCGAUGAACGCGACCUUCCUGAACCACAGCGGCCUGGAGGCAGAGGGCGGCUUGGGCGGCGGCGGCGGGGCCGCCUUGGGGAACCGCAGCCACGGGCUGGGCACGUGGCUGGGCUGCUGCGCCGGGGGCGCGCCGCUGGCCGCCAGCGACGGGGUCCCCGCGGGGCUGGCGCCCGAUGAGCGCAGCCUGUGGGUGACGCGCGUGGCGCAGAUCGCUGUGCUCUGCGUGCUGUCGCUCACCGUGGUCUUCGGCGUGUUCUUCCUGGGCUGCAACCUGCUCAUCAAGUCCGAGAGCAUGAUCAACUUUCUGAUGCAGGAGCGCCGGCCCUCCAAGGACGUGGGCGCCGCCAUCCUGGGGCUGUACUGAGGCCGCCCCGGCCCGCGAUCGCCAGCCCGGCCCUCCAGCAGACGAGAAGGGAGACCUCGACCCUCGUGCCCUGCACGGGCUCUGCCGCCGCCGCCG